AUGUUCCAUUGCUCAUAUAAAAAGAAAAAAUAUGCACUGAGAAAUUAUCAGUUACAGCUUAGUACUGCGAAAGUAAACAUACAAACCUGCAAAAUGUACAAGAUCUUCCUCAUCGCCGCUGUAGUUGCGAUGGUCACCGCGCGGCCACAAGACGGUCAUGGUCACGAUCAACACCACGGUCACGGCCACGCCAUCUCCUCGCAGAGCAUCGUACUGCACCACUCUCAAGAGAUCAAGCACCCCGUACACCACAAAGAGCACCAUGGAGAACAACACCACCAUGAGGGUCACCACCAAGAAGAAGAACAACAACAAGAUAACCACCACCACCACGAGGAACAAAAUCAUGACGAACACCAUUAUGAUGGACAUCAUCAUGAGCAGUACCACCAUGACGACCACCACUACGAGCAGUACCACCAUGAUAAUCGUCAUCACGAACAGUCCCGCCAUGAGGAACAGCAUCAUGAGGAACAACAUCACGGAGAGCACCAUCACGAAGAACACCAUGGACACGCCUCCUCCUCACAGAGCAUCAAGCAGUACCAUGGAAAGGCCACUGAGAAACACGUCGAGUACUAUGCUCAUCCCAAAUACGAGUUCGCAUACAAGGUCGUGGACCCUCACACCGGUGACAAGAAGUCCCAGCAUGAGGCUCGUGAUGGUGAUGUAGUGAAGGGCGUGUACAGUCUGCAUCAGCCUGAUGGCUCUGUCAGGAUCGUAAAGUACCACUCUGACAAGAAGGCUGGAUUCAAUGCCAACGUGCAUUACGAAGGUCACGCCAUUCAUAUCGUUCCUGAGCACCACCACCACCACUGA